AUGAAUCAACAAAAACAAAAUUCCAGAAUUCAUAAUCCAAUACUAAGAAUAUUUGUUCUUUUACAUGGAACAUCUGGUUUACAAUUAUCACCGAUUCGUUUUUGUUGGCCAUCAAUGUUUAGAUUAUUCAUCAACAUCAUUUUAAAUAUUUUCAUUUUCUAUCUAAUAUUCGGUGAUCAAUCAAUUUGGUUUGAAAUACAUUUAAUAACAAUCAAAAUGAAAAAAUUAUAUGAACAAUAUUUAUUGGCAAAUUAUUAUGCAAUUUUUCCAUUAAUUUAUUUUGGUUUUAUCGGUGCAUAUCAUUUAUAUGGUAAUCGUAUUAUACGAAUGCUUGAUUCACCCGUAUUCGAUAAUAAUAAUAACAUUGAUGAUUGUCGACGAAAUCGUUUGAAAAUUAUCGCAAUGUUUAUUGUAAUUAAAUUAUUCUGGGAUAUAAGAUAUUUAUUUGGUGAUUUUUAUCGAAUUUUUCAUUCAAAUUGGUCACAAAUUCGUUUAAUUAUGGCAUCAUAUCUAUUUGAUUCAUCAUUUUUUAUAAAUUGGAUUAUACUUUAUUAUCAUCAAAUUUUAUUAUUUUUUACAUUGAAAAAAAUUCAACAAAAAUUACCUCGAAAAAUUUCAAAAAUCAAUAAAACAACAAUAACAAAUAGCAUUUCAUUGGAACAAAGACUAUUUCGAUCCAUAUUGAUAUUAUCAAACGCAAAUCGUCAUUUACAAUAUUAUUAUUCAUCAAUAUUAUUAUUAGUAUUAAUCGAUCAAAUUAAUCAAAUUAUUGGUUUUUUAUCAUAUUGGUUAUUACAUCAAACAAAUUUACAAUUUAUAAAUUUGAAAUGUUACUCGAAAUAUAAUCAUUUAAAUAUUUAUCGUCAAUAUUAUCAAUUAUCAAUAUUUACAUGGUUAAAUAUUGAUCUAUUAUUAUUAAUGAAUUUAUUAUUUUUUUCAUUUGGUUAUGUAUUGAUUAUAUCACAAACAACGACAAUCGAUUAA